CCAUUUUCUUCCCCAAAGUAUUUUUCUCUGCGUUUUCCACCAUCUCCAUUGCUACUAUUUUCUCUUGUCGGUCCGCUAACUUCACCCAUCUCACUGCCGUGUUAACGCCGUCCAAUCAAACAUAUUCCUGCCUGAUUACUGUUGACGAUUGCCGAAAUCAACGAGGUUACCUUGUCUGCAAAUGCUAUUUGUUUUAGGUUUUUACGCAUGAAGAUUGAUGAUUUUUAUCCUAUAUCGACGGGAAUUGGAAUGUGGUCGAGAAAUUGUACUUGCAGUCUGAAAGAAUCUAUAGUUGUACGCCUGUGACCUGGAAAUUUUUCCGCCUUCCGAUUAAAGCUAUGCUGAACAGAUUACAAAUUAGGCUAUGUGCUUUUCAAAAGCCACACUUGUUCCCCAGUUUCAUACACUGUUAUACUACCGAUAGUCAUGGGUCAGAAUCUGAAACUGAGUGGGAGAGAUUGCUCAAACCUUUUGACCUCGAAAUUUUACGGAAAUCGCUCAAUAAGAUUACUCCCUUUCAGCUGAAUAAAUUGCUACAGCUCCCACUCGACGUGCCCACGUCAAUGGAGUUGUUUCAGUGGGCUAGUGGUCAGAAGAGCUAUCGUCAUUCUUUCGACGUGUACUAUACUCUUAUUGAUAAAGUCGGUACAGAGAAGGAGUUUAAGGUCAUUGACAGCUUGUUACUGCAGAUGAAAGCAGAAGGAAUAGUUUUUAGAGAGUCAAUUUUCAUUAUGAUCAUGAGGCACUACGGAAGAGCUGGUUUGCCCGGUCGAGCGACAAGUCUGCUCUUUGAAAUGAGGAGUACCUUUUCAUGCGAACCCACAUUUAAAUGUUACAACGUUGUUUUGGACGUUCUGUUAGCUGGUAACUGUCCCAAAGUAGCUCCAAAUGUUAUUUACGAUAUGUUGAGCAAGGGAAUCUCCCCUACUGUUUUCACUUUUGCAACGGUAAUAAAAGCUCUUUGUGCGGUGAAUGAGAUUGACUCCGCAUGUUCCCUCCUCAGGGAUAUGACAAAGCACGGGUGUGCACCGAAUUCAAUAGUGUAUCAGACACUUAUACAUGCACUGGCUUGUGCUAAUAGAGUGAACGAUGCUUGGAAGCUUUUGGAGGAGAUGCUUUUUGGGGAUUGUGCACCAGAUGUAAAUACAUUCAAUGACGUCAUAAUCGGCCUUUGUCGUGUUGAUCGUGUUCUUGAAGCUGCCAAACUGGUUGAUCGGAUGCUUGUUCGGGGUUUCUCACCUGAUGAGAUAACUUACGGAAAUUUGAUGCAAGGCCUAUGCAAAACAGGUCGAGUAGACGAAGCAAAGUUGCUGCUGAAGAAAGUGCCGAACCCCAAUAUUGUCAUGUACAAUACUUUGAUCAACGGGUAUAUGACAAACGGUCGUUUUGAAGAAGCAAAAGCUGUAUUAGAUGAGAGUAUGGUUAGCACUGGUUGCAAACCAGAUAUUUAUACCUAUAACAUUCUAAUUCAUGGCCUUUGCAAGAAGGGGUUAUUAUCCUCCGCACAUCAAGUAGUAAACGAGAUAUCAGUCAAGGGUACCGAGCCAAAUGUGAUAACCUACACCAUUUUGAUCGACGGUUUCUGUAAAAAAGGGCGGUUAAAGGAAGCUGAAGAUAUCAUAGGUGAGAUGUCUAAUAAAGGUCUUUGCCUGAAUACGGUUGGGUACAACUGUCUAAUCUCUGCUUUAUGCAGGGACGGACAAGUACACGAGGCACAGGAGCUGUUCCGUGAUAUGCCGAGUAAAGGAUGUAAACCUGAUGUUUUUACCUUCAAUUCAUUGAUAUAUGGGCUGACCAAAGUCGACAACAUGAAAGAUGCCCUAUGCAUGUAUCGAGAUAUGUACAUGGACGGAGUCAUUGCUAAUACCGUGACCUACAAUACGCUGAUUCAUGCUUUCUUGAGGAGAAGGGCAACCGAAGAAGUAUUCAAGAUCGUAAAUGAUAUGCUCUUCCGAGGGUUUUCUUUGGACAAGUUUACGUACACUGGCCUUAUAAAAGCACUCUGUGAAGAUGGGGCUUUUGAGAAAGCUUCGGGACUCUUUGAGGAAAUGUUGAGCAAGGGAACAAGUGCUAAUAACCUACCGUGCAAUAUACUGAUCAGUAGUUUAUGCAGAGCUGGUAAGAUAGAAAAGGCACGUGAGUUUCUCAAAGAGAUGAUUUGCCGAGGAUUAAAACCCGAUGUAGUUGUGUAUAACCAUCUUAUAAGUGGUCUGUGCAAGAUGGGGCGGAUCGAAGAAGCUUAUAACUUAUUCGAGAAAUUGAAGAGUGAAGGUAUUUGUGCAGAUGCCGUCACUUAUAAUAUCUUGAUUGGUUCGUACUGUAAAGCAGGCUUGUUUAAUGAAGCGUAUGCUCUUUUGGAUAGAGGAGUGGUCGGCGGUUUGGUACCAAGUACCGUAACGUGGCAUAUACUAGUUACAAAUCUGUUGAAAAGGGUAACGAGGAGAGUGGAGCGUUUAUAGUAUCGCUAACGAAGGUCACAUUCUCUGGUAAAAUUGUCAUGUAAGAAGGAGCAAUUGGCUGAAUGUUUAGAGUCUGUUUUGAGUUGCA